AUGCCACCAAAAGCAUUUCAAGUAUUCGAGGAUGCGAGUAAAGCGGUUAGACCUUACCCACGGUCGAAACAAGUGAGAUCAACCAACAACCAAGCGAAGAAGAGGGUUCCAUUAAAAGAAGCACCCAAUAGAAUAAAUGACCCAAAGAAAAGGAUAAACAAACCAGAGCCAAAGCGAAAACGGCGAUCAGUCGCUACCAAAAUAGUAAAAAAGGAUGACUAUUCGCUUGAAAAUCUACGGGCCAUUUUUGAAGAAGAAGAAGAAGAAAAAGCUGAAACGAAGCUUGAGUUUAAAGCAACAUCCACUCCCUUCAACUCUCAAUUGGUAAAUAGUCAAGUAAUCGAAGAAGAGCAAAUCAAUAAUCAGCGACAGCUAGAUCUUGAGAUCAAUAAAAUACACGAUUCAAUAAAUAAAGAGAGUCUAAUGCUGCUAAUAGAGCAGCUAUCACCACCACCUAGUAGCGGAGGAAAUUGCUCCCUAAAUAGCGCUGCAGCGAACAAACCACAGAAAAAGCCGACCAGGCCAAAAAAAGCGGGUCAACAAAUUGACGCUAAGAAACCACCAAAACCAGCGAAGUCAAAUACAAAAAAAACUCCUGACCAUCCUAUGGCUAAUGAUUUCAAACCUAAGAAAAAUUCAAAGAAGAAGGAGAUUGUUAAUGUAACCAAGAAAGAGCAUGUACCAAGGGAAAAUAAGCGAGUCCAAUUACUUGAAAGGCCUAAACAGACACAAACAAGUGUAAAUUCCAAACCUGUAUCUAAAUGCAGAACAAGGCUGGAAUCUAAAUCGAAGGUAGAUUCAAAGUCUAAAGCGACCACCAAGUCUAAAUCGAAGCCAAGCGCAAAACUAGCUAGAAGAAGAACUCGAUCUUCCAAAGUACGCUAUAAGGGGGAACUUACCUAUAAGCAGCUAUUACUGAAGUGUGUUAAAGGAAAGGACCCUAUAGAUUUAUUAUUGUGA